AUGAAUGUCGGAGGGACCGCCUAUGUGAAUUUCGAGAAAAACUACGGACUAUCUCCGAAUUUCCAAGAUGCCAUUAAAGCUGUGUGUAAAAUGUUCAUGGAGAACAAGAAAUUCAUGAAAAGCCAAUCGGAGGAGGAUCAAAAGAAAUAUGCGAUUCAUAUGGAGAAUCAGAGGAAGAAAGAGGAAUUUUAUUUGAUUGAUUGA